AUGGAAACGAACAAAUCAAUGCGAAGACUGUCAUCAACAAACGGACAGUGGCAACGUGGAAGUUAUCGUUUUCAAAGUGAAAGAAGGAAACGAAAACGACGGAAGCCUUGGAGCGAGAAGAUAUGUGACUGGAGCAGGGCACUGAUAGCCUUCCUCUUCAGUAACGUUGGCAUAGUAUGCUUGCUCGUAGGUUAUACUAUAGUCGGUGCUUUCCUGUUCACUUAUAUUGAGGCCAAAGACAGCUUGGACAUAUCCGGUGAAGUCGUCAAGCAAAGAAACAUCACGGCUGCUAAACUUUGGGACUUGACCUCGAAGGAGAACAUAUUCUCUGAAAGAUUAUGGAAAAAAGAAGUUAGGAAUAUAUUAGAAAGGUAUCAACAAAAAAUGGUGAAAAAUAUACGAAACGGUUAUGAGGUUGUUAAUGAGGAACAUAAAAAGUGGACUUUUGCUGGAGCAUUUCUGUACUCUCUCACUGUCAUUACGACUAUUGGAUAUGGGAACAUUUGUCCUAGAACAAAAUGGGGUAAAUUGUGUACAAUAAUAUAUGCCAUAAUUGGUAUGCCAUUGUUCCUUCUUUAUUUGAGCAACAUAGGUGAUAUUUUUGCAAGAAGUUUCAAGUGGAUUUAUGCACGUUGUUGUCUUUGCAAAUGUCAUAAAAAACAUCGGGAACCAAUUACCGUUGAAGUAUUACAAACACGAGCAGAAAUAAACGUUCAAAGAAAUCAUUGGCAGCACAAAGGUGAAACAGAAACUUCUAGCGUUGAUCAAGAUAUUAACGAAAUAGAAAUGAAUUAUAACAAUGAAAUCGAUAGUAUGAAUAAAAUUAAUGAUGAUAUCAGUAGCAGCGAAUAUGAUCCGCAACAAGUUACCGUACCACUAACAUUAUGUCUGGGAAUUAUGGUAGGGUACGUAAUAGCAGGUGCUUUGCUAUUUUCAAAAUGGGAAGACUGGAAUAUGUUGGAUGGUUCGUACUUUUGUUUCGUUUCAUUGUCAACCAUAGGAUUUGGUGAUAUAGUACCAGGUGAUAGAAUUUACUCUGGACAAGGGCUAGAAUUAUCCUUCAUCUUCUGUUUCAUGUAUCUCAUGCUUGGUAUGGCACUCAUCGCUAUGUGUUUCAAUUUAAUGCAAGAGGAAGUAAUCGCCAAAGUUCACAAUCUCGCACGUAUGAUCAAAUACAUCUUCAGAUGUGAUAGGUGAUGGUAGUU